CCCCACGUUGCCUGGCAGCGCCGCCGUUCCCGAUCUCCGAUUGGAGCAGAGCCCCGUCCGUCAUCGGUCCGGCGUCACGUUCGGUUGCAGUGACGCGGUUGUUGACUCUGUUGUCAGAAGUCAUUCAGAGACGAGGACAGACAGCGAGCAGGUGACGAUGCAGUUCCUUGGCCGGCUGUUGGACACAGUCUCCUCUGUGUCGACCCUCUUCACCAACCCCUACCGGGUCAGGGAAGUGCCGCUGGCCGACUAUGGUGGAGGAGGCAAAUGCUUGCUGAAAGAGGAGGGGCGCAUCUUCUUAUACAAAAACACCCACUGUCAGUCAUGGGACUGCCUGCUUAUGUGCCCUGAGACGCCUUCAGUGGUUCUGAGGCUGUUUCAGGUGGCAUCGGAGGGCGACGCCAUGAACUGGUUUGCGCAGUAUGCUCUCAAACUUCGCCCCUUCUACGAGACACUUCCUCUGAAGGCUGAGACCACACAGCCAAUUGUGGACUGCAUCCGCAACCACCAGGACUGGAGCGCUGCCCACAUCGCCGUGGAGACGGGCCUGAGAGACUGUCUCAAACAUAACUAUGUACAGAGUCAGAUCAACUCUCGGGACGCAUCAGGUCAGACGCCGCUGCAUCUGGCAUGUGAGCGUGGAGACUUGGUGUGCGUGAAGGAGCUGUUGGAGGAAAGCCAAGCCCGUACUGACAUCAGAGACCGCAGCGGAGAGACGCCCAUGCACUUUGCCGCCAAGCAGGAUUCUCCUGCUGUCAUCCAGGUCCUGUGCUCACGGCUGUGCUCGGGGGUGAACGAGCUGAACGGCAACGGGGAAACGCCGCUCCACGUGGCCUGCCGUAUGGGACGCAUGGAGGCCGUCAAAGCUCUGUUGGACGGCGGAGCCAAGUGUGAUGUGGUCGGCGGCACUGGUUAUCCCAUCCACAGUGCCAUGAAGUACAGCGAGAAGGGCUGUGUGCAGGAGAUCCUAAAAGCCGACCCAGGCCAGCUCCAGGCUGAAGACUCUCUUUACGGAGGGACGCCGCUGCACUGGGCCAAAACUGCCGAGUUGUGUCGUAUCCUGCUGGAGCAUGGCUGUGCAGUGAACUACCUCAGUAAGACCGGAGAGAGCGCCCUCCACAUUUUGACCAAGAGGGGGCGCUUUGAGGCGGCCAUGGUGUUGCUCACCCACGGGGCAAAUGCCAACCUGAAGGGCCAGGAUGGGAACACAGCCCUUCACCUGGCUAUGAAGAUGGACCACAUGGAGCUGAUCAAAGCUCUGAUCGUGUUCGGUGCCGAUGUGGAGAUCCACAACGACCUGGGAGAAACCCCAGGACUGAUCGCUGCUCGCACCAGCAAAGGUCCUAAUAGAAAGAUACUGCUGGACAUGCUGUGUAGUGUAGGGGUCCAGCGUUGCCACCCUCCGUCCCCUGGCAGCCCUUCCCCCGUCUCCUUCAAGGCCAAGUCUCAAACCAUAGGGUUUGACGACCUCAUGCAUGUGGGGGCUACAAUCAGUGCGAUGAGCAGAGGCCCGUCUGAAGUGGACGGACGCAGAAUGGUGAAAAAGAAGAUAGACAGUCUGCUGUGUCUGGAUGGUGGAGGUAUCAAGGGUCUCGUGUUGAUCCAGAUGUUGAUCGCUCUGGAGAAAGAGGCCGGUCGACCCACCAGAGAGCUCUUUGACUGGGUAGCCGGCACGAGCACCGGGGGCAUCUUGGCCCUCGCUAUAAUCCACGGUAAGUCCAUGGAGUACCUGCGCUGCUUAUACUUUAGGAUGAAGGAGCAGGUAUUUAGGGGGUCGCGACCUUAUGAGUCCGCACCGCUGGAGGACUUCCUGAAAAAAGAGUUUGGGGAGAACACCAAGAUGACAGACGUCCAAUACCCGAGGGUGAUGGUGACCAGCGUCCUGGCAGACAGACAUCCAGGCGAGCUGCACAUCUUCAGGAACUACAACCCUCCCUCCCUCCACAGAGAGCCUCCAUACGCCACCACUGCCACAUUCAAACCAAUCACCAUCCCACAAGGAUGGGAGGAUGAGGAUUUGUUGAUAGUAGGAUACACAGAGGAGCCCCGCAGAAAACAUAGGAAGGUGACAGAUGAAGAACAACUCGUGUGGCGAGCUGCCCGCUCCAGCGGGGCUGCUCCCACCUACUUCCGACCAAUGGGCCGCUUUCUGGAUGGAGGGCUGCUGGCCAAUAACCCGACACUGGACGCCAUGUCCGAAAUCCAUCAGUACAACAAAUCCUUCAAAGCAGAGGGCCACAGGGAGGAAAUCAAGAAGUUGGGUAUCGUCGUCUCCCUGGGGACAGGUAAACCCCCCCAGGUGGUGGUGAGCUCUGUGGAUGUUUUUCGACCCUCCAAUCCUCUGGAGCUGGCCAAGAGCAUUGUAGGAGCCAAGGAGCUGGGCAAGAUGCUGGUGGACUGUUGCACAGACUCUGAUGGCUGUGCAGUGGACAGAGCCAGAGCCUGGUGUGAGAUGAUCGACACCAUCUAUCACAGGUUGAGCCCCCAGCUGUCACAGGAGGUGAUGCUGGAUGAGGUGAGUGACGCGGUCCUGGUGGACAUGCUGUGGGAAACUCAGAUGUACCUAUAUGAGAAGAGAGAUAUCCUCCGAUCCCUGGCUAAUCUGCUACUGGAUAAGUGACCGCAUGAGAAAAUCGUGAGGAGAUGGAGGCUGAGAAGACAGACGGACUGAGAGGGCAGAAGAGAUGGUGCAUAUCAGGAGAGGUGGAGUCAAAGAUGAGAGUGGCUGGUCAGGGCACAAAGCCACUGGUGUGAUACAAACACUGAAAUCUACUGAAAUUGAGGAAACAACUGACUUCACAUUGCGUACUGAACGGCAGGUUAUGUAGCAUCAUGUGACCUUAUCACUGACCUUAUCAUUAUCGUGUUUUAUCAAGUUUUCUGUUUGUACCGGAAGCGGUGAAGGACAGAGUGCAGAGUUUACCUUCCUGAGUAUGUGAAUACAGACUAAACCCAUGAGGAAGUGGUCUCUCAACCAAAUCAGACAAGAUGUAGCGCAUGUGAGCUAAUUGUGGCUCUUCUCAGUGGUUGGCGUCAAAUAGAGUGUGAACAGGUUCUAAUUCAUUUCUCACUGGUUGUGUUUAAACUCCAACGCUCCUUGGCACAUUCUACCUUCACAUUCUCCAUGAGGUGAUAUUAUAGAACAAAUAAGAAAUCUGCUUUAUAAUGAAGCACUUGGAUGAUCUGGGGGCGAUAUUAAAAAGUGCUGCCUUGGACCCAAAUUUAAACCGUUUCCUAUGUCCACAAUUCUUUUUCAUGGCUUUAUGAUUUAUUUAUACUGACUUCGAACAGGAUAUCUAACUUCACAGCUACCUUUUUUAAUAUUUAACUAUUAUUUUGGGUCUGGAGACUAGACUUGAAUUAUCAACUGAGUGGAAAGACAAAGAAUGAGACGACUCAAUGCAACCUGCACAACUUCAGUUUGAGGCAACAAAUUAAUGAUUGUUUUUUGUAUCUGGAUUAAUUACUGAAGUGUAUACUGGUAUGAUAAUAAAACUAUAUUAAUAUUUACAGAUCCAUC